AUGUCUUCAGCACCUAAUCUGCGCAGAAACGGCAAGCGUCCUUCGUGUGAACCGUGUAGGAUUGGGAAAUUGGCUUGUGGGCAUGAACAGCCAUAUUGCGGAAGAUGUGUGAAGAGGGGAUUAGAGGGAAGGUGUUGGUAUCAUCCCGCGCCUAUGAGUCGCGGGAGGGUAGAUGGGGAGAGAGGAAGAACUGAGGAAGGCGGGGAAGAAAGUGGAGAUGGGGGAAACGUCAAACGCAGGCGAGUUGGAGAGCGAGUUAAGGAGAGAGGUGAGAGUGGAGAGGAGCGCGUUGAUGGAAAUGGAGAAAGGGAAAGAGGGGGGUUGGAUAGUUUGGCCUAUGCUGCGGUCAUGAGAGAUGUAGAGAGAGAAGAAUGCGGCGGGGAGAGCAUAGAAGCUCCCUCGACAAAUCCAAGUCACUCCCACAACAUCUACAAGUCAACCACUCCCCAGAACAAUUCUCUUGGUAUACUCACAACCGAGGUGGCCCCUCAAGUCACAAAACCCACAAACAAUGUCUACCUUUCUUCACGCGGAUGUAGGUCGGCAACCCCAAAUCGUCAAUCACAUAAAUCUUCGUUUCCAAACUCUAUGAAUUCAAUGCCUGGAAAACCAUCGAUGCAAAAUAAUUGGAACGGGGCUAGUUACAAGAGGAGUAGGCGGUUCUGGGGGCCCACAAGUUUUGGGGCUGUCUUUAGGAAUGGUGAUGGGAAUGGAGAAGGGAAGGAAUUGGACGCGGAAAGAGGGAGUGAAGAAAGCGAUCAGAGUGGGAUGAGUAGGGAUACGUUAGUAGGUGGAAUAGAAGGAAUGCUGGAUAUUGGAGAGGAUGGAAGGAAAAAUCCUAGUUCGUGGCCUUUUGGUCCGCCGCUUCUAGGAAGGAAUAGACCGACGUCUUACACAAUUCGUUGUGAAAUGAUCACCAAAGCACUUUGGAACAUACCGUCACUUUCGAGCUGUAAUAAACUCCUAGAGCGGUAUCACGAUCUUCUCGAAUUCUCAGUCCUGCCCGAAUUCAUGAUCAAGUAUUUAAUUUCGAGUAUCUAUGAUACAUUUGGCUCAAUCCUAGCUGAACCUCGUAGCAAGGAGAAGUUUGUACCCUUCGUCGAAACAUUGCUCAGAAAUGAAGAAACACCGCUACCCUCAUCCCCGGACGAUGGUAUCGCAUGGCUCGAUACCUUUUGUGGGCCCAAAGUUCGAUUUGAAUCUAUGGGGCUUUUGUUCUGCUUCAUAGGAAGAGCAUAUCAGAGUCUGGUGGAUGGGAAUCCAUUGUUUCUAGAAGAGGAAAAUCAUGGAAGGAAUAGAAGACAAACAAGUUGGAGAAUGAACGAGUGUGCGGAUGUUAUGGGGAAAAUGUGUGAUUGCACGGAUACGGUAAAUGAGAUUGUGGUUGCAUUUCGGGUGUCUAUUUAUGUGUUGGAGAGUGCAGUGGUGGGGGAUGAGAGUUACAGUAAUCUCAACCGACAUGGAAGUAUGGUAACAUCAGCGUGUGCUAUUGGACUCCACCGUCUCCCCCAUAUCCCUCCACACCUCCUAACUACAGCCGCCGAAUACAAGCGUCGAUUAUUCGCUACAGUUUACUACAUGGACAAAUGUUCCUCGGCUCUCAACGGCACACCGCCUGGUAUUUCUCGCCUCUAUUGCCGUCUCCAAAUGCCUUCCGAUCUUUCGGAAACAGAACUUUUCCUUCCCCGUGCCCAAAUGCAACAAGCAAUAGCUGCAUGCGAUGAGCAAGGAUGGAAUCGGAAAGGUGAAAUUUAUUGUAGUACUUGCUAUAGAGCUCAAUUACAACUCUACAUGAUCAAAGAAGAGAUAUUAGAGGGAGCUCUAGGUGUGGAUGUGGAGGUUAGUCGUGAACGCAUAGAUUCUCUUCUUUCUCGUAAUGCCUCCCUAUCUCUGAAUCGACCACCGCAGUUUCAAUUUAAUCCAAGAUCGACAGGGAGAUUACUAUUUGUACAAUUAAUCAUGUCAUUUGAGGCGCUGCAAAACACUUUUUUAUUACAUAGACUUGCAGUAGCAAAUCACCUAGAAGGGAAUUAUUUCCAGGGGGUACUAGAUACAGCAAUGGAAAUGUUGGAAAAGGUCAUUAUGAUGUGGGAGAAGAGGGAUGUGUUGGUUGGAUUUGAAUUUUGUUUCGAUUGGUUUAUUACGAGCUAUGGAAUCCCAGCGGCAGGUGUAAUCUGUGUGGAGUUGCUAAAAAGAAUGAGUGGAAAUUCCACCUCUGCUUCUGGCUCUGAAACAAGGAAGAUGGGAACUCAAGAGAAGACAAUGGCGAGGUUUUCCAAAAGUGUAGCGAUUCAGAAAUUGACACUCUUUGGCGCGUUUCUGGAUUGGGUGAGAGAUACGGAUGGGAAUUAUGCAUUGUUGAGAAGGGUGAGGGGGGUGGUAGGACGCGUUUUGAAGUGGGUUCUUGAUGGGGGAGAUUUUGAUAGGGAAAUGGAAAGGGAGAAGGAGAAAAGCAACUCUAGCCAAGAAGAUCUUUCCAAGAUGGCUCAAAAAACAAUUGAUCCAACACAAGUUCAGACUCAAGAAUUUACAAAUAACAUAGGGAUUGAAAAUGGAACAAGAGCUGAGGGAUCACAAGUAUGGGACAACGCAGGUGUUGAUUUCAUACCGCAGCCUGCGCACAUCGGGCAGACGGUUUUUGGUGAUGAGUUUACGGCAAAUUUAGAUUUCAAUACGGGAUUAGAAUCACUGGAAGGGAUAGGCAUGGAAGAGAUGUGGGGACAAGUUGAUUGGUUGAAUGCGGGGGAUUGGAUUGGGGGUGUUGGAAUGGGGGGUACGGGUAAUGGGAACGCGGGCUUUGGGUUUGGAUUUUAG